ACUGCUCGCGCACAGCAGCCGCGAGACUGGAAACCAACACGAACGAGAGAGAGACACCUCAGACACAGAGUCCACUUACACCAAAAGCUCAAGCUCACAAGCCGAAUAUCACAACUUACCCGUCAAAUAAGAGAAUAUAACGCUUGAACGUUUCAAAAUGAUGAUGAAUCAGAUCGAGCUUUCAGUUCCAUAUGAUAAUGGAUAUGAACCGGAGGAGUACAUGAUGCAGGAGGAAGAAUGGGACCGGGAUUUACUGCUGGACCCGGCUUGGGAAAAACAGCAACGGAAGACGUUUACGGCCUGGUGUAACUCUCACCUGAGGAAAGCUGGGACACAAAUUGAGAACAUAGAGGAGGACUUCAGGAAUGGCCUCAAACUAAUGUUGCUGCUUGAAGUCAUCUCAGGUGAGAGAUUACCCAAGCCUGACAGAGGAAAGAUGCGUUUUCACAAGAUAGCCAAUGUCAAUAAAGCUCUUGAUUUCAUCACCAGUAAAGGAGUGAAACUAGUCUCUAUUGGAGCUGAAGAAAUUGUUGAUGGGAAUGUGAAAAUGACUCUUGGAAUGAUCUGGACCAUCAUCCUUCGCUUCGCCAUUCAGGAUAUCUCUGUUGAAGAAACUUCGGCCAAAGAAGGACUUCUGCUGUGGUGUCAGAGGAAGACUGCCCCCUACAGGAAUGUCAAUGUUCAAAACUUUCAUGUCAGCUGGAAGGAUGGCUUGGCGCUGUGCGCUCUCAUCCACAGGCACAGGCCUGACCUCAUUGACUACGCCAAACUCAACAAGGAUGAUCCACUGGGUAAUCUGAAUCUGGCAUUUGACAUAGCUGAAAAACACCUGGACAUCCCCAAAAUGCUGGAUGCAGAGGACAUCCUGAACACCCCUAAGCCUGACGAGAGAGCUAUUAUGACAUAUGUGUCCUGCUUCUACCAUGCCUUUGCUGGAGCUGAACAGGCUGAAACUGCUGCUAACAGGAUCUGUAAGGUACUGGGAGUGAAUCAGGAAAAUGAGAAGUUGAUGGAGGAUUAUGAAAGACUGGCUAGUGAGCUGUUGGAGUGGAUCAGACGUACCAUUCCCUGGUUGGAGAAUCGUGUGCCGGAGAAGACCAUGUCCGAGAUGCAGCGGAAGCUGGAGGAUUUCAGAGAUUACCGCAGGAUGCACAAACCUCCCAAAGUGCAGGAGAAGUGUCAACUGGAGAUCAGCUUCAACACCCUGCAGACUAAACUCCGCAUCAGCAACCGGCCUGCAUUUAUGCCCUCUGAGGGCAAGAUGGUUUCGGACAUCAUGAGUGCAUGGCAAGGGCUGGAACAGGCAGAAAAGGGCUAUGAGGAAUGGCUGCUGACGGAGAUUAGGAGACUGGAACGAUUGGACCAUCUAGCAGAGAAGUUCAGACAGAAAGCUACCAACCAUGAGACCUGGGCUGCAGGUAAGGAGGAGAUGCUGACCAGGAAAGACUACGAGUCAGCAUCUUUAAUGGAAGUCCGAGCUUUACUGAGGAAACACGAGGCCUUUGAGAGUGACCUUUCCGCCCACCAGGACAGAGUCGAGCAGAUUGCUGCAAUUGCUCAGGAGCUUAAUGAGUUGGACUAUCAUGAUGUUGCAUCAGUGAAUCAAAGGUGUCAAAGUAUUUGUGACCUCUGGGACCAACUGGGUACACUUACUCAGAAACGCAGGGAGGCCUUGGAGAGGACAGAGAAACUUUUGGAGACGGUGGAGCAGUUGUUUCUGGAAUACGCAAAGAGAUCUGCACCCUUUAAUAACUGGAUGGAGGGAGCCAUGGAAGACUUACAGGAUAUGUUCAUAGUGCACACCAUUGAAGAGGUCCAGACCCUAAUAGCUGCUCACGAGCAGUUUAAAGCCACACUUCCUGAGGCAGAUGCAGAACGGCAGGCGAUCCUUGGCAUUCAGCAGGAAGUCCUGAAGAUCUCCCAGAAUUACGGUAUUCGUGGAGACCUCACCAACCCCUACAGCACCAUAACUACAGAAGAGAUUGCCAUCAAGUGGGACAAGGUGAAGAAGCUGGUUCCCCAGCGUGACAGUGCACUCCAGGAGGAGUUAGCGCGACAGCAUGCUAACGAAAGGCUCAGACGCCAAUUUGCUGCCCAAGCCAACCUCAUCGGACCCUGGAUACAGGCCAGGAUGGAGGAAAUUGGUCGUUGUUCUAUUGCGAUGGGCGGGACUUUGGAGGAUCAGAUGACCCAGCUGAAGCAGUAUGAACAUGUGAUCGUCAGCUAUAAACCCAACAUAGACAGACUGGAGGGAGAUCACCAAAUCAUCCAGGAGUCACUCAUCUUUGACAACAAACAUACUAACUACACUAUGGAGCAUAUUCGUGUUGGCUGGGAGCUCCUUUUGACAACGAUCGCUCGCACUAUUAACGAAAUUGAGACUCAGAUUCUGACACGUGAUGCAAAGGGCAUCAGCCAGGAGCAGAUGAAUGAAUUCCGAUCCUCUUUCAACCACUUUGAUCGGGAGCAGAGGGGUAAACUCAAGCCUGAUGAGUUUAAAGCAUGUCUGAUCAGUCUUGGGCAUUUAGGAAGUGUCAAACAGAAGAAGAAUGGGGCGAUGGAUUCUGAUGACUUUAGGGCCUGUCUGAUCUCGAUGGGUUAUGAUCUGGGUGAGGUGGAGUUUGCUCGGAUCAUGAUGCUGGUUGAUCCAAACACUUCAGGUGUUGUGUCAUUCCAGUCUUUCAUUGACUUCAUGACAAGAGAGACAGCGGACACAGACACAGCUGAACAGGUCAUCGCUUCAUUCAGGAUCCUCGCUGCAGACAAGCCAUAUAUUCUGGCAGAUGAGUUGAGGCGAGAGCUUCCUCCAGAUCAGGCAGAGUAUUGCAUCAGCAGGAUGCCCCCAUACGCCGGCCCCGGGGCCCUGCCUGGAGCCCUGGAUUACACUGCCUUCUCCACUGCCCUCUAUGGAGAGAGUGACCUUUAACUCUCUUAACAACUCUGACCUUUAUAAGUAAAUUCUUCACCCAUCAGAUCAGCAGCCUCAAGAAAUGAAAACAUGGCGAAUAAAUAAAAGAGCACAGUUUUAGUUUUUAGUCUCAGUUGAUGUAUUUUGUUAGAUGAUUGAUAUUAAAUGCCUAAUAAGUCAAUACACAUUGAAUACAGCCUGGAAAUGAAUAGAAUGCAAUGAAGGAAGUAAAAUGAAAGUGGUUAUAUAUCUAUAUUAGUCCAAAAAUGCUAUUCAUUUAGGCUAUUAUAAAACAGAAGGUUUGUCACUUGAAUUACAGCAAAAUCAGUAGUUAGACUAAAUACAGAGUUGAAUACAUUUAAGUACAUUGUAGGUUUGAUGCAUUUUACUCUGAUCUUUUCGAAUCCCACUUUAUCCAGAAUUUGUGUGGUAGUGUUAAACCCACAGUAUGUAGGAUUUUGCACAUUUAAAUUUUGCCCAAAUUAGGAAAGACUCACCAAACCACUGUGGUUUUCUUGUUUUAUUUUUUCAAUUCACCACAACAUAAUCACCUGAAAACCUAACAGUGCCUGAUUACAUAUACAGUAACAGUUUAAAUAAAGUAGGAAGAGGUGACCUUUUCACUAGUGAGUCAAACAGAUAAGAGCACCAGCUGCUGAUUUGGUUGUACAUGAUGUUUUGAAUAUUGCAAAUGCUUGAACAUUUCUUCAAUUUGGUGAUACAUGAAAUGUCAAUAUAUGUACUACUAAAUGGCUUGUCAAAUAAAGCAAAAAACUUAAAUUAUGUUAAAAUACUAAAUUUACAGUUGCAGGUAAAAGUAUGUGAACUCUUUGAAACGACAGACAAACACAGCCUGCUUAACCCACAAACAAUUGAUUUCUUGUUCGUAUUGAACACAGUAUGUAAACCAUUCACAGCAAAGAGUAAAAAAGUAUGUGAAUCCCGGAGUAUCAGUCAAGCUAUCAUGAAUACAGCAAAUUUCUAAACUGUAAGUCACACUAAUUCAGUGUACAUUUGUGCAGUUGAUUGAUUUUUAGUCAAUUUGUUAACCUAUCAAAUCAGUUUUAAUGAGAAAGAAGUGAUUUGUGAAUGUUUGCUGUUGACUAAUAUAAGCAAGAAAGCCAAAUGUGUGUUUUACAGUGACAUAAAUGAAAUAAACCAUACUUAUGAAAAGA